UACACGACGAUCGCAAAGAAAGAGACAGCAAAAGAACACGCGAAUAACCUGACGUCACCCGCAGCAACAGCACGUGGUUGAUUAACGUUACGUCAGUGCGAACAGGAAAAGAACAAAAUGGAGGAGUACGCGAGGGAGCCGUGCCCCUGGAGGAUAGUGGACGACUGUGGGGGCGCGUUCACCAUGGGGGCCAUAGGUGGUGGGAUCUUUCAGGCCGUCAAAGGCUUUAGAAACUCUCCUUCUGGAAUGAAUCACAGAAUGAGGGGUAGCUUGACAGCCAUAAGGACCAGAGCUCCACAACUAGGAGGAAGCUUUGCUGUGUGGGGUGGCCUCUUCUCCAUGAUUGAUUGCGGUCUGGUCAAGGUGAGGGGCAAAGAAGACCCCUGGAACUCAAUCACAAGUGGAGCCAUGACAGGAGCCAUUUUAGCAGCAAGAAAUGGGCCGGUGGCCAUGGUUGGCUCUGCUGCAAUGGGAGGUAUACUGCUUGCAUUAAUAGAAGGUGCAGGAAUUCUGCUCACGAGGUUCGCCUCAGCACAAUUCCCAACUGGCCCACAGUUUGCAGAAGAACCCUCUCCCAUGCCUGCUUCGUCAUUCGGCGACUAUAGACAGUUCCAAUGAGAAGCCCUUUAAAACUCAAGGCCUUUUCUUAUUCCAUGAACUCAUCUAAGACACUGAAAUUACAGUGUGGACCUCAUUCAUCAACAGAGCAUGCCACCAACCACGAAUGACUGACAAAGGGAAUAUGAAGGGCAAACACUAUUGUUCCUGUCCUUGCGUUUGUUGUUAGUAUGCCUUUUGCUAUCCUCAGCUCUGUCAUUGUCCUAUGGGUUACCCUAUUUAAGUCCAAACUCAGCUCUAUGUUUUCAUCCACAUGUUCCCUGGUUUUGUCUUCUGCAAACUCAUUUUUUGCUAAUACAGUUGGAAGUGUUUGCUGAAGCAAAAGGUAUACUAUUUAAGUCAUGCUAGGUUGUUCGAGUUGAGCCCCAGUCAGUUGGCUGUAUAAAGUUUUUGUUGUAUGUGUGUGUGAAUGUGUUAAUACCAUUUUGUGUGUGUGUGUGUGUGUGUGUGUGUGCAUAAGAGUUUAAUACAUGCCUGUACACUGAUUGUUUGCCUUAAUGUAAACUUUCUCAUGGGCCUCAACAAGAUCGUAUAUACUCAUUGGAGAUUUUUAUUGACUGUUCCAAGCCAAACCCUCUCUUGCAGAAUAUAUUCCUUCUCAGUUUACUUUUUGAAGUAGUUAUUUAUUUUAUAGAAGUAAAACUUCCUUGUUUCAA